CACGCCCCCACGCCGCGUCCCGCUUCCGGCGGCGGCGUCCCGGUCGGUGUCCGGCGGCAGCGGGGUGCAUGAGGCCAGCGCGACUCAUGAAGGUGUUCGUCACCCGCAGGAUCCCCCCCGAGGGCCGGGCAGUGCUCGCCGGGGCCGCAGACUGUGAGGUGGAGCAGUGGGAUUCAGAUGAGCCCAUCCCCAGGAAGGAGCUGGAGCGAGGCGUGGCCGGGGCGCACGGCCUGCUGUGCCUCCUCACGGAGCAGGUGGACAGAAAGCUCCUGGACGCCGCAGGAGCCAAUCUCAAAACCAUCAGCACAAUGUCUGUGGGCGUCGACCACUUGGCUUUGGAUGAAAUCAAGAAGCGUGGGAUCCGUGUGGGCUACACCCCGGAUGUCCUGACAGACGCCACCGCCGAACUCGCUGUCUCCCUGCUGCUCACCACCUGUCGCCGGCUGCCGGAGGCCAUCGAGGAAGUGAAGAAUGGCGGCUGGACCUCGUGGAAGCCCCUGUGGAUGUGUGGCUACGGCCUCACGAAGAGCACCGUCGGCAUCAUCGGGCUGGGGCGCAUAGGCCAGGCCAUUGCUCGGCGACUGAAGCCAUUUGGUGUCCAGAGAUUUCUAUACUCGGGGCGCCAGCCCAAGCCCCAGGAAGCAGCAGAAUUCCAGGCAGAGUUUGUGCCCACCUCCCAGCUGGCUGCUGAGUCUGAUUUCAUUGUUGUGACCUGCUCCUUAACGCCUGCAACCAAGGGUCUCUGCAACAAGGACUUCUUCCAGCAGAUGAAGAACACAGCUGUGCUUGUCAACAUCAGCAGGGGAGACGUGGUGAACCAGGACGACCUGUACCAGGCCUUGGCCAGUGGCCAGAUUGCCGCUGCUGGACUGGAUGUGACGACCCCGGAACCACUGCCUACGAACCACCCUCUGCUGACCCUGAAGAACUGUGUGAUCCUGCCCCACAUUGGCAGUGCCACCCACGGAACCCGAAACACCAUGUCCUUGUUGGCAGCCAACAACUUGCUGGCUGGCCUGAGAGGGGAGCCAAUGCCCAGUGAACUCAAGCUGUAGCCAGACAGGAAGCACCGAGGGCCAGGCAGACAUGCCCGGGAUGCUGUCGGCUGUGCCAGGCUUGAUUUGGACCCACAGGACGGGAGCCAUGGAAAAGCCCGACCUGUGCUGAUGCCGCAGAGGGAAGACUGGUGCUGGGAGAUGUGCUUGCCACUUUUGUGGUUGGAAACAUCUGCGCCAAAAGCGUGUCAUUGUAUUAAAGAAUUCUCUGAGA